CCGCCCCGCGGAGCGUGCGCGGAGCCGGCGGGCAGCGCGGCGGCGGGAGCGCCAUGCGGGCCCCCGAGCCCAUGCCCGGGUACGGGCUCCUGCUGCGGCGGGGGUACCGCAGCCUGGCGGCGGCCGCGCGGGGCUGCACCGACUGCGGCUGGGAGCUGUCGGUGCGGACCUGGGCCGAGAGCGCGCAGCUGGGCUGGGGCGAGCUGCUUCUGUGCGCGCUCGGAGCGCUGGGCUGGACCGCGCUGCGCCGCGCCGCCGCACGGAGCCUCUUUCGGCCCUUUGGGGAGUGGUGCAACUUGCGGCCCAAAGAUGCUGCCAAGAUGCCAGAGAGUGCCUGGAAGCUGCUUUUCUACACGAUCUCCUGGUCAUAUGGCAUCUACCUGCUCUUCUUCACUGAGUACCCCUUCUUCUAUGACCCACCAUCUGUCUUUUAUGGCUGGCAGAAGGGCAUGGACGUGCCCACGGACAUCGCCAUCGCCUACCUGAUGCAGUGCAGCUUCUACGGGCACUCCAUCUACGCCACGGCCUACAUGGACACGUGGCGCAAGGACUCGGUGGUGAUGCUCCUCCACCACGUGGUCGCACUGACCCUCAUCGCCUGCUCCUACGCCUUCAGGUACCACAACGUGGGCAUCCUCGUGCUCUUCCUGCAUGACGUCAAUGAUAUCCAGCUGGAGUUCACCAAGCUCAAUGUCUACUUCAAGCACCGGGGGGGUGUCUACCAUCGCCUCAAUGAUGUCCUCUCCAACAUCGGCUGCCUCACCUUCACCAUCAGCUGGUUCUGGUUCCGUCUCUACUGGUUCCCCCUCAAGGUGCUCUACGCCACUUGCUACUCCAGCCUCCAGUUGGUCCCUAAUAUCCCCUUCUACUUCUUCUUCAAUGCUCUGCUCCUUGUGCUCACUCUGAUGAACAUCUACUGGUUUCUGUACAUCGUCCUGUUUGUGGCCAAGGUGCUGAUGGGGCAGAUGCAAGAGGUGAACGAUGUGCGGGAGUACGACGUGGAGGACAGCAAGAAAGCCCCAGCGGCCAAGAAGAGGGAGGCUGGGCUCCAACUGCCCAAUGCUCUGAAAGAGGGGAUGCACCUCAAGAAUGGACUCGUGAAGGACAAGCGGUUGUGAGGGACCCGGAGCGGCCGGAGCUGGGGCUGAGCCAGGCCUCGAUCCCAGCACAAGGACAGCUUCAUCCCUGCCACCCUUCACCCCCUGCCCGGAGCCGGGGAAGAGGCGCCACUGACAGGAUCAGGCCCCUCCUGGGGCUUGGCUGUGCCCAGGCUUCACCUGAUGCUUGUGUGCUUUCUGUCGCCAGCCCGUGCUGGUUCAGCUGAGGCUGGUGCUGUGCUGGUCCAGGUAGGAUUUGGAGCUGGC